UUUUCUCAUUGGAUGUGCAUUAUAACGGGUGUCCCGCGGCUACCUUCACUCGCGUCAUCUCAAGCGAUCACCAAGCGCCAUCUUCAAGCCGUUCAGUCCGCCGCGAACAGCUGUGGGAGACGUAAGCGUUUAUAAAAAUUUUACAUUUUAAAAAUUCACCGGACAAUAUAAACCGGCAAUUUUUUUUAACUGUAAUUUACGAUAGAUUCCGACAAUUAAGUGUUAACCUAAUUGAUGAAAAGUGAAGACUGAUAUAAAUAAUUAUUAUAUUUUUGUAGUUAGUGCAUUUUGUGGUUUUCUCGCGAUCUCGCGAUUGCAUUUCUUCUGCGGUGUAAACCAGCUCGAGUGUGAAAAGAUCACAAUGAACGGACACAGCAAUGGCGACAUCAACAGCGCUGGAGACAUCCUCACCCAGAACCAGCAGAAAGGAUGGUGGACCAUCGGCCUGAUAAACUCUCGGUACCGCUACCUCACCGCCGAGACCUUCGGCUUCAAGAUCAACGCUAACGGCACCAGUCUAAAGAAGAAACAGAUUUGGACCCUCGAGCCUGCUUCCGGGAAUGCCAAUGAUAGCAUGAUCUACUUGAGGUCACACUUGGACAAGUACCUAGCAGUCGACAGCUUCGGUAACGUGACUUGCGAAUCAGAGGAAAAGGAACCCGGCAGCAAGUUCCACAUCAGUGUCUCCGACGACAACAGCGGCCGCUGGGCGCUGCGUAACGUCGAGCGUGGCUAUUUCCUGGGCUCCAGCUCGGACAAACUGACCUGCACCGCCAAGGUCCCCGGAGACGCCGAACUUUGGCACGUCCAUCUAGCCGCCAGACCUCAGAUGAACCUCCGCUCGAUCGGCCGCAAGCGUUUCGCUCACCUCUCGGAGUCGCUCGACGAGAUCCACGUGGACGCUAACGUGCCGUGGGGCGAGGACACGCUGUUCACGCUGGAGUUCCGCGCUGACGAGGGCGGCAAGUACGCGCUCCACACCUGCAACAACAAGUACUUGAACGCAGGAGGGAAGCUCCAAGACACGUGCACCAGCGAGUGCCUGUUCAGCGCGGAGUACCACGCGGGCGCGCUGGCGCUGCGGGACGGCUCGGGCGCCUACCUCGCGCCCAUCGGCUCCAAGGCGGUCCUCAAGACGCGCUCCACCGCCGUCACCAGGGACGAACUCUUCUCAUUGGAAGACAGCCUCCCGCAAGCUGCCUUCGUGGCGGCUCUCAACGACAAAUAUGUUUCUGUAAAACAAGGAGUGGACGUCACAGCGAACCAAGAUGAGAUAUCGUCUCAUGAGACCUUCCAAUUGGAGUUUGACUGGGCCACGAAGCGCUGGUACAUCCGCACCAUGCAGGACCGGUACUGGACCCUGGAGACUGGCGGCGGUAUCCAAGCCAGCGGAGACAACAAGUCUUCUAACGCUCUGUUCGAGCUGGACUGGCAGGGAGACGGCUCCGUGGCCUUCCGCGCCAACAACGGCAAGUACUUGCUGACCAAGCGCUCCGGCCACCUCUACGCCAACGCGGACUCCAUCGACGACAACUGCAAAUACUACUUCUAUCUCAUCAACAGGCCGAUCUUAGUGCUGAAGUGCGAACAAGGGUUCGUGGGCCCCAAGGGCGUGAAGCUGGAGUGCAACAAGGCCAACUACGAGACCAUCCAGGUGGUGCGCGGGCCCAAGGGAGCCGUCUACUUCAAGGGUCAGAGCGGCAAGUACUGGCACGCGGACGGCGAGGCGGUGACGUGCGACUCGGACGCGGCGCAGGGCUUCCUGCUGGAGCUGCGCGAGCCCACGCGCCUCGCCAUCCGCGCCGCCGCCGACCGACGCUACCUCGCCGCCGCCAAGAACGGGAACUUCCGCCUCGCUGAUGCAGACCUCGCCUCCGCCACGCACUGGGAGUACUAGGGGGCCGGGGGGGCAGCGGGGGCCGGGGGCGGGGCGGUCCAACUACGCAACGGAAUUUGAGGAAGAUUUAUAUCUACGCUUGAAAGGCAAACGUGCUUAACCGACAAUAACCGCUUUGUACAUAAAUAAUAGGCAAUAACCAUAUUCGAUGAGCAAAAAAUAUACAUUUCUAGGUCUUUUAAAAUCAUUUCAAUCCUACAGCUAGAUUCGUAAACAUAUUUUUUUUUAGGUAUUUCACCUUUAAAUUAGUCUACAGUAAUGUUCACGCAUUGUCGCUUAGUCAUGUUGGCCUUUCAAGCGUCGAUAUGUAUAAUAACAUCCAUUAAAUAGUGGAGAAAUCAAUAAUAAAUUACAGUUUCCGAAGCGAAGCGAGACCGGGUCGCUAGUCUUUUGUACAUCAAAGUGGCGUCUGGAGUCGAAGCCACUAAUUCCCCUGUAUAUUUCGUUGCAAUAAACCGGACCGUAUCUCACGGCGCGGUCCGUCCCGACCCCCGGAAGCGCCUCGGUCGUGACUCAAUAUCGUAUCGGUAGAUCUGCCAGUGCAUUGCUACAUCCCGAAUGAUAAAGUUUGAAUGAUUAUUGUAAUGCUUGGAAUUAUUUAUUAUAUAUUAGUUGUAGUCGAGGGCCGGGAGUCGACACGCGAGCUAGUUAAGUUAUCGUAAGCUGUAGGGUAGGCGGCCGCGUCCCCGGGCGCCCGCAGCACACACCAGAAUAUACAAGACUUGCUUUUUUGAACAAUUUUAUAUAACGAUGGCAGUAUACAACUUGUCCGUUCUCUUUCCUUUUACAUAACGUUAGACAAGGACAGGACGAUGCGGCGUCACGUGCGCUCACUGCCAGUUAACGACACGCGCGAACAUUUCGCAGUAAACAAUAGAAAUGUUCGUACGCGGCUGAUCCUAUUAUUAACUUGUACGAUAUCGUCUUUGUAAACUAAUGUAACGAAUAAAUUAUAAUCAAUAUUGUA